AUGCUUUCCCAAUGUAGCAGACACUCCCUGUCGAGGCUUGGUCCAAUAUCGCGACACAUCACCAGCCAAACCAGAACAAUAGUAGGGUACACGAAAACGCAGUUUGCGCUGAACACCGGCGCCGAGAUCCCAGCGAUUGGCUUCGGAACGUGGCAGGACAAAGAAGCACAGGAAGAUGCUGUGGCUGAGGCAUUGAAGGUGGGCUACCGGCACAUCGAUACAGCACGGAUAUACGGCACUGAGCCCGGUGUUGCCAGAGGCAUCAAAAAGUCCGGCAUCCCGCGCAGUGACAUCUUCCUCACCACGAAGCUGUGGAACAACUCACACCACCCCGACGAUGUGGAAAAGGCGUGCGACGCCUCCCUGAAGGACCUUCAGACUGACUAUGUCGACCUCUACCUCAUGCACUGGCCUUCUCCGUGGGCACGGGGCGACAAAAUGCGGCCGAUGAAGGACGACAAGAUCGUCCCAGGCGACACCGACUACGUCGAAACCUACCGGGCCAUGGAGAAGCUGGUCGCCAAGGGCAAAUGUCGCGCCAUCGGCGUGAGCAACUUCUCCCACGCCGAGAUGGAGCGGCUGUUGAAAGAAACCUCGAUCGUCCCGGCCGCGCAUCAGAUGGAACUGCACCCGUACCUGGUGCAGGCGGAAUUCUCGACGUGGCAUCAGUCCAAGGGCAUCCACAUCACCCAGUACUCGCCCUUUGGCAACCAGAACGAGAUCUACGACAAGGGCAAAAACAUGGGCAAGCUGAUCGACGACCCAGCGUUGAAGGAGAUCGGGCGGAAGUACGGCAAGAACGGGGCGCAGGUGGCGCUGGCCUGGGGCAUCGCGAAGGGCCACUCCGUGAUCCCCAAGUCCAAGACCCCGUCGCGCAUCAAGGCCAACUUCGAGGGCGACUUCAAGCUCGACGCCGAGGACGUCAAGAAGAUCGACGCGCUGGACAAGAAGAUGAGGUUCAACGACCCGUCAGAGUCGUUUGGGUGGAAUUUCUACGCCGAUCUCGACGGCAAGAACAGGUGA